AGCAUCUUCCCUCCUAAUCCCCGGCUAGCUAAUUCAUCUCUCUUCCUCAAGACUUUCUCCUUAUUUGCUACUGGGAUCCGAUCCUCUGCCGGUUUCCGAGAAAGAUGGGCAGUGAGGCGGAGGAGAGGACGGUUGUCGGGUGGGCGGCGAGGGACGCCGACGGCCACCUCUCCCCUUACACCUAUGCUUUGAGGAAGACUGGCCCGGAAGAUGUGGUGGUGAAGGUUUUGUAUUGUGGGGUUUGCCACACGGACAUCCACCAAGCCAAGAAUCACCUCGGCAUGUCGAAGUACCCUAUGGUCACUGGUCAUGAGGUAGUUGGCGAGGUGGAGGAGGUGGGAGGCGAGGUGACCAAGUACCGCGCCGGCGACGUCGUCGGCGUCGGCCUCGUCGUCGGGUGCUGCCGCCAAUGCCACCCUUGCAAGUCCAGCAACGAGCAGUACUGCAACAAGAAGAUAUGGUCGUACAACGACGUCUACACCGACGGCAAGCCCACGCACGGCGGCUUCUCCUCCGCCAUGGUCGUCGACCAGAAGUUCGUGGUGAAGAUACCGGCGGGACUGGCACCGGAGCAGGCGGCGCCACUGUUGUGCGCGGGCGUGACGGUGUACAGCCCGCUGAAACGGUUCGGGCUAAUGUCGCCGGGGCUCCGGGCUGGCAUCCUGGGGCUGGGCGGCGUGGGCCACAUGGGCGUCAAGAUCGCCAAAGCCAUGGGCCACCACGUGACCGUGAUCAGCUCCUCCGACGGCAAGCGCAUGGAGGCCAUGGACCACCUCGGCGCCGACGCGUACCUCGUCAGCACCGACGCCUACGCGAUGGCCACGGCGGCCGACACGCUGGACUACGUCAUCGACACCGUGCCGGUUCACCACCAGCUGGAGCCGUACCUCGAGCUUCUCAAGCUCGACGGCAAGCUCGUGAUCAUGGGCGUCAUCGGGCAGCCGCUGAGUUUCGUGGCGCCGAUGGUGAUCCUGGGGAGGAAGUCCAUCACCGGCAGCUUCGUGGGGAGCAUGGAGGAGACGGAGGAGACGCUGGCAUUCUGCGAGGCCAAGGGGGUGACUUCUCAGAUCGAGGUGCUGAAGAUGGGGUGCGUGAACGAGGCGCUCCAGAGGCUCGAGCGCAACGACGUCCGGUACCGCUUCGUUGUUGACGUCGCCGGCAGCAACCUCGACGACGCCUUGCCCUUGGAGGCUUGAUUUCCUGCGUGAAGCUUUCUAUUUGUUGCUUACUAUACUAUACUGUAUAUUCAUGCGUCGUGUCCAUAUUGUUUCUGUCUGCGUGGUCUCGUUGAUAUUUCUAUGUAGAGUGGAACUAUUCUGGUUAUUGAUGAAGUCUGGCAAUGCGUGAAAUUAACGUCAACCUGCAAACAUACAGAGUUUGAAAAUAAAGUUUUCUAAGUGUUUAACACGAAAAGCUCAUGAA